AUGAAAGCCGUGAAAAGGGGAUACAUCCUACUGAAGGUGUACGAAGUGUACCACUUCCAGGACAGCAUCAAGCAUCUAUUUAAGGAAAGCAUCGACACGUUCCUAAAAUACAAACAGGAGAGUAGCGACUGGUCCCGCUGGUGCGAUAACGACGAAAACAAUAGGGACUACGUCGAAGCGUACUAUCGAAACGAGGGCAUACUACUGGACCCGAUUCUGAGAUCCUGUUCAGAUCUUGGAUCGGAUUCGCCUUCUGGAGUGUACCAACUCACCCUUACGUCUGGUGAGAGCUUCAAAGUGUACUGUGACAUGAGAGCUGUCGACGGGCCAUGGACAGUAAUUCAGAAUCGGUAUGAUGGCAGUGAGUAUUUCUAUAGAGAAUGGGACGAGUACAAGAAAGGUUUUGGAGAUCUGAACGGCGAAUUUUGGAUAGGUAAUGACAUCAUACAUACCCUGACACAGACUGCCAGCGUUCUAAGAAUAGAAUUAGAAGGAUUCCCGUACAAGAAAGGAUUCGCUGAGUACUCCAUGUUCAAGGUUACUGACGAGAGUGAUGGCUACAAAAUGACUCUUACCGCAUCUACCAGAAACGUUUCGCGAGACGCAAUGCUAUACCAUAGUGGCAAGAAGUUUUCCGCCAAGGAUAAAGGGGCAAAUGUUAAUUGUGCAAUAUCUUCCAAAAGUGGAUGGUGGUAUGGCAAAUGUCACCAGGCCAAUUUGAAUGGAAAGUACACGAAAAACUAUUGGGCGUCUAAUUCAGAAACUUUGACGACCUGGUG